AUGUCGCAUGUGGUGACAAGCAGCGCGUGUUCCUUUGCAGCUGUUACGGCGCUGAUUUUUCUGGGGUGCCGCACGAUACCACGGCCACCGCCUGUUGUAUAUCAUAUCAAACAACACCCUGGGAAAGGUGGCGGUCAAAACGUACGGCUAAGUCUUUUUCCGGGCUUCAACGGCGCACUGACUAGGCGCGCCAAAGGCCCGAAGGUGGAGUGCAUGAACUCGACAGCGCAACCCUGCAUGGAGAGUCCGUGGGUACAUGGAUGCCACCACAUGGCCAAGUUGCCCCAUGUUUAUCAGGGGGCUUGUGGGGCUACCAUGUGCGUGGAGUGCGCUAGGGCUGCCCGCUGA